AAAAGUCUUCCGGCAACCCCCCCCUCAAGAUUUUACUGAAACUCCCAGCUGGCCUUUGAUUUUGGUCGGAGCAAGUUAGGUGGACUUUAACGUGAACUCGACUAUAUACUAUCACUUUCUCCUAACGUUUUUAUUUACUUUUUGUCACACGUGUCAGAUGAGUAUCAGAUGGGAUCAGAUCGAACCCCACAAUUUAUUACUACUCUCUGCCUUGAAUGGUUUCACCGAUUUCCUGAGAGAGUUUGAAGACAGACAUGUUCUUUUUUCCUGUUGUUGUAAAGCCCAACACCCUUCCCUCUCUCACUUGAAUUAUUAUUCUUUCAGGACCGUGUACAGAGAGAUGAUGGGUCUACGACAUUUCUUGGUUUUGUUGAGUUUUAGAGGCUGCCAAUCUCUACUUCUCAUUAAUCUUUUUUGGGUAAUUCUUCUGUUCUUUUUCUAAACAUUUAUCAAAUUUCAACAUCUUGAGUUUCUGAUAAUUUUGGGAAGAGGGAAGGAAAGAGGGUUAAGGAUUUGAGUUCAGUUUUCUGGGAUUCAAUUGAUUGUAGUAUGUGAGAAGAAAUGGGAACAAGUAUUGGAUCCCAUGACUUGAUAAGUUUCAGUAAGAGCUAAAAAGAGUGAGAACUCCGAGAAAUUUAGCAGAAGCAAGGGAGAAAAUUAAAUAAAACAAGGGUUUCAGAGAUGGGUUCACGUGAAGUCUACGCUGUACUGUUCGUGAGGUUUUGAGAGCAAGGAGUUCGAGGAAAGACGCCUCUCUCCAUUUCAUGGAUAUGGGAGGGAGUGAUUGAGUUCGAAUUCCCCAUUAUUGGAGCUCUGUCUUUCACUCCAUCCCUCUCCCCUCAAAUGCCAGCUCUCAGCCCUUCAUUCUCUACCGGUUAACUGCUAUUAACACCCACACACACACUCUUUUAGUGAGUUGACAGACAGACUGCGCAUUCGCACUGCAGCAAUGUUCUAGUCAUAGUAGCUUCUGGGUCAAAAAAAAGCUGCGUUGAAGAAGAAGAAGAAGAAGGAAAAAAGAAGAAUGAUCCGGAUUGGCGCUAUUUUUGGACUAAGUGAUGAUGGAGAUGUGUUGGUUUGGGUUUUGCAUGUAAGACUGGAGAUCUGAAAGAUUUAGGUUUUGAUAGUGACUCGGUGUAUAAGCGCCAAAAAAGGAAGCAAUUGCAGAUUCUAUGUGCAUGAAGAUUCUCGGUUAAUGUCUCGAUUAGGUUUUUGGUAACUGUUUAUGGAAACUGGCCUGUUCAAAUCAAAUCAACAGGGUUCUGAUUUAGUAUUAGCGUGAUCUGAAAAGAUCCCAUUCUAAUUUUUUUCUCACCAUUUCAAACGAGUCAAAAGUUCCAAGUAUUUUUAUGGAACUCGUUAAUGUCUCAAGGUACUCCCCUCUUUCCUUAUUCUUCUUGUUCUUCUUCUCUCUGUUUUCUCUUCUUUCCCCUGUCAGAUCAACCGAUGCAGAGGCGCUUUUAAGCUUGAAAUCCUCUAUUGAUCCCUUGAACUCGCUGCCAUGGCAAAAAAACCAGGACGUCUGCAACUGGAAAGGGAUCAAAGAAUGCUUGAACGGAAGAGUGAGCAAACUGGUUUUAGAGUACUUGAACUUGACCGGUACUCUCGACGAACGAAGCAUCAACCAAUUAGACCAGCUUCGCGUGUUGAGUUUCAAAGGCAAUGCACUUUCAGGCCCCGUUCCUACUCUCUCCGGUCUGGUUAAUCUCAAGUCACUCUACCUCAAUGAAAAUAAAUUAUCCGGUGGAUUCCCGGAAUCCCUUUCGGGUCUUCAUCGUCUGAAGGUAAUUGUUCUCGCCGGAAACCAAAUCUCCGGUGACAUCCCACUUUCAUUGCUGAAACUCCGGCGGCUUUACAUCCUGUAUUUGGAAGACAAUCAGUUGACGGGAACCAUCCCUCCUUUGAACCAAACCAGUCUCAGAUUCUUCAAUGUGUCAAACAACAAACUGUCGGGCAAAAUCCCAGCCACCCCAGCUCUGGUUAGGUUCAAUACGUCGUCGUUUUUAGGCAACAUUGAUCUCUGCGGCGAACAAAUCCAAAACCCAUGUAGCAAUACUAAUCUUGGACCUGCACCGAGCCCUGAUUCUAAACGCUCGUCAAAGUCAUCGUCAUCAUCAAAGCGAGCCAAGUUGAUAAAAAUCGUAGCAGGGAGUGUAGGCGGGUUGGUGGUGGUGGUGCUGCUUUUAACCGGCGUCGUUUUGGUGUGUUUAGUACGCAAAAAAAGCGAGAAAGGAAAGGAAUCAACGGAGACGAGAAGCAAAGGCAUCGACGUGGGCGGUGAAGCGGCGGAGAGAGGAGAGGGAUCAGGGGUGAGUGGCAUGGGUGGUAAUAAUGGUGGAAAACAGGGUGGUUUUUCUUGGGAAGGGGAGGGAUUGGGUAGUUUGGUGUUCCUGGGCGCAGGGGAUCAGCAAAUGAGUUAUAGCUUGGAAGAUUUGCUGAAGGCAUCUGCAGAAACACUGGGAAGGGGUACGAUGGGGAGCACGUACAAAGCGGUGAUGGAAUCAGGAUUCAUCGUGACCGUUAAAAGAUUGAAGGACGCUAGAUACCCUAGAUUGGAGGAGUUCGGGAGACAGAUGGACGUGCUUGGUAGGCUAAGACAUCCUAACGUGGUCCCACUUAGAGCGUAUUUCCAGGCGAAAGAGGAACGCUUGCUCGUGUACGAUUAUUUCCCUAACGGCAGCCUAUUCUCUCUCAUUCACGGAACAAGAACAUCAGGUGGUGGAAAGCCUCUUCAUUGGACAUCAUGUCUGAAAAUAGCGGAGGACUUGGCCACCGGACUGCUCUACAUUCACCAGAACCCUGGCUUAACCCAUGGCAACUUGAAAUCUUCCAAUGUCCUCUUAGGUUCUGACUUUGAAUCCUGCCUCACUGAUUAUGGACUUGCUUCAUUUCGAGAUCCUGAUUCUUUAGAAGAACCAAGUGCCACCACUCUCUUUUACCGAGCUCCUGAAUGUCGCGACCCACGAAAAGCAUCCACGCAGCCGGCUGAUGUUUACAGCUUUGGGGUCCUAAUCCUGGAGCUCCUAACAGGCAAAACUCCAUUCCAGGACCUUGUCCAACAACAUGGUUCAGAUAUUCCCAAAUGGGUCCGGUCAGUCAGAGAGGAAGAGACCGAAUCUGGUGAUGAACCUAACUCGGGCAAUGAGGCAUCAGAGGAGAAACUUCAAGCUCUUGUCAACAUUGCCGUGGUUUGUGUGUCAGUCGUACCAGAAAAUCGCCCUACAAUGAGGGAGGUUCUGAAGAUGAUCAGAGAUACGAGGGCCGAGGCUCAUUUUUCGUCUAACAGCAGUGAUCAUUCACCGGGAAGAUGGUCGGAUACUGUUCAGAGCUUGCCUAGGGAAGAACAUUUGAGCAUAUGAGUAGUGUUGUGAGAUAACUACAUUGUUGGGUGAUUCUUUUGAUUGUUGAGGUAGGAAUUGUAGAAUCAAGUGGUGUAAAGUUUUGUUACAUUCAAUUUGUUUUUGGAAUAUCUGGUAAUGGGUUUGCAGCAGUUGAAGAUUUUAUUUAUGUA